CGGCGCGGGCAACUCCCCGGACGCGCGCAGGCCUCAGAGCCCCCCAGCUUCCGUGCCCCCUCGGCUCUGAAACUUGGAGGAGGGUAGGGGUCCAGCAUGAAGCCCCCGGACCGCCCCGCCCCUGGCCGCACGGACCGGAUGCUGGAGGUCAUGGGGGGCAUGCUGCGAGCAUGUGCCCUACCCGGGCCGGAGGGGCCCCCGAAGAGAAGCCCCCUAGGGCCGGGGGAUACCGAUUCAGAGUCUAACUGUAAGGAGGGGGAUGUGAGAGGUGAGCGCGAACGUGAGGUCCCCGCCUGGGCUCCGCUGCCCGAAUCCUAUUCCAUUGCUGGCAGUGAGGGGAGCAUCUCGGCUUCAGCUGCCUCGGGUCUGGCUGCCCCCUCUGGCCCCAGCUCUGGCCUCAGCUCUGGCCCCUGUUCCCCGGGCCCCCCAGGGCCAGUCAGUGGCCUGAGAAGAUGGUUGGAUCAUUCCAAACAUUGUUUCAGUGUGGAAACUGAGGCGGACCGCGGCCGGGCUGGACUGUAUGAGAACUGGAUGCUGGAACCAGCUCUAGCUGCAGGAGAGGAGCUGCCAGAACUGACCUUGCUGACCACAUUGUUGGGGGGCCCUGGGGAUAAGACGCAGCCACCUGAAGAGGAGACUUUGUCCCAAGCUCCUGAGAGUGAGGAAGAACAGAAGAAGAAGGCUCUGGAAAGGAGUAUGUAUGUCCUGAGUGAGCUGGUAGAGACAGAGAAAAUGUACGUGGACGACUUGGGGCAGAUUGUGGAGGGUUACAUGGCCACCAUGGCUGCUCAGGGGGUCCCCGAGAGCCUUCGGGGCCGUGACAGGAUUGUGUUUGGGAACAUCCAGCAAAUCUACGAGUGGCAUCGAGACUAUUUCCUGCAGGAGUUACAGCAGUGUUUGAAGGACCCUGAUUGGCUGGCUCAGCUAUUCAUCAAACAUGAGCGCCGGCUGCAUAUGUACGUGGUGUACUGUCAGAAUAAGCCCAAGUCAGAGCAUGUGGUGUCAGAAUUUGGGGACAGCUACUUUGAGGAGCUCCGGCAGCAGCUGGGGCACCGCCUGCAGCUCAAUGACCUCCUCAUCAAGCCAGUGCAGAGGAUCAUGAAGUACCAGCUGCUGCUCAAGGAUUUUCUCAAGUAUUAUAGCAGAGCUGGGAUGGAUACUGAAGAGCUAGAGCAAGCCGUGGAGGUCAUGUGCUUCGUACCCAAGCGCUGCAAUGACAUGAUGACCCUGGGGAGACUGCGGGGGUUUGAGGGCAAACUGACUGCUCAAGGGAAGCUCUUGGGCCAGGACACAUUCUGGGUCACGGAACCCGAGGCUGGGGGUCUGCUCUCUUCCCGGGGUCGAGAGAGGCGCGUCUUCCUCUUUGAGCAAAUCGUCAUCUUCAGUGAGGCCCUGGGAGGAGGAGCGCGAGGUGGAACGCAGCCUGGAUAUGUGUACAAAAGCAGCAUCAAGGUGAGCUGCCUGGGACUGGAGGGGAACCUCCAAGGUGACCCUUGCCGCUUUGCACUGACCUCCAGAGGGCCAGAGGGUGGGAUCCAGCGCUAUAUCCUGCAGACUGCAGACCCUGCGGUCAGUCAGGCCUGGAUCAAGCAAGUGGCUCAGAUCCUGGAAAGCCAGCGGGACUUUCUCAACGCAUUGCAGUCACCUAUUGAGUACCAGAGACGGGAGAGCCAGACCAACAGCCUGGGGCGGCCAGGAGGCCCUUGGGUGGGGAGCCCUGGGAGAAUUCGGCCUGGAGACCGGGCCCAGGCCCUCAGUGACAUCCCUCAGGCUCCUCAGGACUCUCCUCCAGUGCCACCAAUUCCAAACACCUCUCCCUGCCAAGCCAGACUUGCCAAGCUGGAUGAAGAUGAGCUGUAACUGGGAAAGGCCAUAGGGGUGGUGCUGACUGAGCCACCCUGCUUCCCCAGGAACUUAAGGGCAACCCUUCUGGCAUGGCCCCAGAAUUCCUCCCUCUUGGUGUGUCUGGAGGGUGGGCAAGGCUGGGAGUGGUGUCAACUGGGAGGAGGGUACCUAGACUUAAAAGGACUUCUUUCUGCCCAAGGAACAUAGGUUCCUUCAGUUCCCACCCCUUUGCAUGCAUCACAGGUCCCCAUCACAGGAACAUAUGUGGGUGGGUGGGAGGGCUGGGGCAAGGGCCAGAUAGAAAUUAUUGGUUUUGUUUUUGAUUUUGUUUUUUCUGUUUUCUGAGAAUAAAGGUUUUGUCAUAUCACCAAGGCUGCUGUCUUGGCAGAGGGCAGGGGAGGCAGAGGUAGGGCUGAGCUGGGAGAAGGGGUGUGGAAGAGAUCAGCUGGCCCCACAAAUCAAUUGUCUGAGGAGGGGUCUUGUGAUAGGAGAAGGGCUCAGUAUGUAAGACAAAAGAUGUUGUCAUCUUUGUCGCUUACCUGCAGUUGCAGCAUCUCAGUCCAGUCCUGGAGCUUGGGGCCACUGGGAAGCCCUAGAACCCUGAUAUAUCCUCCCCUUUGCCCAGCCCUUCUUUCCCUCCCAUCUAGCCUCCAUUCUAGACCCACUGGAAAGCCCACUCUGGGGUGACCUCCCGCCAUUCCCCCCGACACCCAGAUUCUGAAGGACCAAGAGCUCAAUGUACCUUUCCUUCUGAGGCUUCCAUGUCCAGCUGAGGGAACUCGGGGAGGUGGAGAGGAUGCUGGGCGCUAUGGCUCCUUCUGGCUCUGGGUCUCCUUAUUUUUGCUGUCUGGGAGGUUGUAGGGCAUAUCCAUACUGAGCAGGAAGGGAUUCUUCUUCAAGCCACAGACCCAAGAGUGGAGAGCCCAGAGGGGUCUUCACCCCUCCCAGGGACAGAGAGAGCCAAACGUGCAGAGAUGCAUGUCCAGAUGCCCUGUCCUGGGUCCUUGGGCAUCGGUGUGUCCACUGUGUCCAUUCGUCCCCUGGGCCCAGUCACGUGUACUUGAGCUUCCUCAGCAGACAAUAGACUGCUGGGGUGGGGGGACAAGGAGGAGCUGGAGCCUCCCUGUGGGCCUGAGGUCUCUCUGGCCACAAUGAGGGGAGGGACCUCUAAGGGGGGGACAGGACGUACAGCCCAGAUAAGACUUCUGGGGAACAAUAGGAGGAAUUGAAGAGGGGAGAUCCACCCUCAAUGUACCCCACCCCCAGAGCUUUGGGGUCAGGGACUGGGACUGGAGGGUGAUUGGGAGGGGUGCUAAGGAUUCUUGCGAAUGGAGGAGGGGAUGAGGAAAAUAGGAUUUGGAGCUCAGAACCUUUGUAUCUCUUUAGGGACCACAGGGGUACAUGAGAUAGGUGGGUGACCUUUUGUACUUAAUUUGACCACCAAGUGUUAUUGAGUGCCUACAAUGUGAAUAGCACUGGAAUGUAAUAAAUAGUGGUGCACUGGU